GACGGUCCAAGCCGAGCACGGAAGGGACGUUUAUUAGAGACCCGCGCGAGCCGCCGUUCGUCCCGGAGCACAGACAUUACCCCGGCGUGUGAACAUGGCGGCGGGCAGCGUCAACCCGUUCAACACCAGCGACUCGGACGAGGAAGCGGAGCGGAGGCGCGAGCCCAGCCCGAGCGCUGAGCCGCACGGCGCGAGCCUUGCACCGUUCUCCUCGCAGACGGACGCUGAGCCGCGCGCCCUGUCGCUCCCCGGCACCCGCGCGAGCCCCGGCGGGGACGGGGUCCCGACAGAGACGCGCGUGUCGGUGGACGCGGUGGCCGCUCAGCUGCUCCGGGAUCAGUACAUCCUCACGGCCCUGGAGCUGCACACCGAGCUGCUCGAGGCCGGCCGGGAGCUCCCCCGGCUGCGGGACUACUUCUCUAACCCGGGCAACUUCGAGAGGCAGAGCGGAACUCCGCCCGCCUGCAAAGACCCCGGAGCCGUAGCGCUGACUGCGCAGGGCCAAGAUAAAAAGAGAAGAAAGAACGAUGUUCAUGUAUUCGAUCGUACGGGCAGCAUCAGCACACUGGACUCUCUGGACUUCACACGCUACUCAGACGACGGGAACCGGGAGUCGGACGAGCGGGUUGCAGUUCUGGAAUUUGAACUACGGAAAGCCAAGGAGACCAUUCAGGCUCUACGCACCAACCUGACUCAGGCUACAGAAUGUGAAAUCCCUUCCCAAGAGCGUAAAAACUACAAAUCCAGUCCUGAAAUUCAGGAGCCCAUCCGCCCUUUGGAGAAAAGAGCCUUAAAUUUUUUAGUGAAUGAAUAUUUGUUAAAAAAUGAAUACAAACUAUCGUCCAUCACUUUCUCUGAUGAAAACGAUGAUCAGGAUUUUGAACUGUGGGAUGACGUGGGUCUGAACACCCCAAAGCCUCCAGAUCUCCUGCAGCUCUACCGCAACUGUGGCAGCAGCCAGCUGUCCCCCCGGGAGAUGGCAGACGUGGCUGUGGGCAUGGACACUAGCGACCUGACCAAGGACUUUAUUACCCAGGAGCCUGUGCAAAGGAUAGAGACCAUCCAGGAGCAGGAGAUCAUACAGGAACUGGAAUACCAGAUCAGUCUUCUGAACAGUGAGAAACAGAGUCUGGCUGAACAGAUAACGCAGCUCCAGAGUAAGAUUGAGGGGAUGCAGAGGAGUGUGUCCGUUUCUGUGGUAACCCCUGCGGGGUGCCGGUCGUCAGAUCCGGGUCUCCCGUGUGAGAGUCCUGUGGAUAACGGCCAGUACCUGGACAUUCGCCGGCCGACGGAGGUGGAUACAGGCUCCGACACCACCCAGACCGCUAGAUUGCCACCUGCUGCACCACCUGCCGCAGGGUUGGACUCGGAAAACUCCACCCAGUGCCUCAACAUGUUUAAAAGCCCCAGCCAGCACGGCAGGGGGGCGGUGCGGUUUGACCAGCCUAACAGGAAGCUGUCCCCGGCCUUCCACCAAGCACUGCUGUCCUUCUGUCACACGUCCGCGGACAGCCGUCUCGGUUCAGAGGUGUCGUGUAUUGCUGACAGUGAGGAGAGUGUGAUGUUGAUGUUGGGUCGCUGUCUGCCUCACAUCGUACCAAACGUCCUGCUGGCCAAGCGCGAGGAGCUCAUUCCUCUCAUCCUGUGUACGGCGUGUCUCCACCCAGAGCCCAAGGAGAGAGAUCAGCUUCUCCACAUCCUCUUCAACCUAAUCAAGAGGCCAGAUGAUGACCAGAGGCAGAUGAUUCUGACUGGCUGUGUGGCCUUCGCACGCCACGUGGGGCCCACACGGGUUGAGGCAGAGCUUCUGCCGCAGUGCUGGGAACAGAUAAAUCAUAAGUACCCGGAGAGGAGGCUGUUGGUAGCAGAAUCCUGUGGCGCUCUGGCCCCAUAUCUGCCUAAGGAGAUCCGUAGCUCCCUGGUUCUAUCCAUGCUACAGCAGAUGUUGGCAGAGGACAAAGUGGACUUGGUGCGGGAGGCCGUGGUCCGAAGUCUGGGCAUCAUCAUGGGCUACAUUGAUGACCCUGAUAAAUACUCCCAGGGCUUUGAACUAAUGCUGCUGUCGCUAAGCGACCUGUCUGAGCGGGUGGUCAGUGCUACACACCAGGUGUUCAUCCCUGCGUUCGCAGCCUGGACCACAGAACUGGGCAAUCUGCAGUCUCACCUCAUCCCCUCUCUACUCACGCGCAUAGAGAGACUACUGCAGGGUGAACAUGGUUUGGAUGAACAUAAACUGCACAUGUUCCUGUCUGCACUGCAGUCUCUGAUCCCACCCCUGUUUGCCGUGGUGCUCCAGAACGCCCCGUUCACCGGCCGCGCCCGACUGGCCAAUGAAGUCACUCCGAUCGAGGUGACGCGGUUCCCACGCCCAGCCUCUCCCCUCCAGGAUGUGUCCACCCUGGUGGGCGGCAGGGAGCAGUUGGCUGCGCUGCUGCAUCUGUACGAACACCAGCUCCAGCACGAGGGUACUGCAGGGUGGGACAGACUCCUGUGGGUGGUCAACCAGCUUCUCCCUCGUCUCAUAGAGAUAGUGGGCGGGAUCAACGUCUCCUCCUCCACCUGUGUGCACGAGUUCUCACGCUUCUUCUGGAGGCUGUGCCGGACGUUUGGCAAAACCUUCACCAACACCAAGGUAAAGCCCCAGUUCCAGGAAAUCUUGCGGCUGUCCGAGGAGAACGUGGAUGCCACUGCUGGUAACGGUGUUUUGACCAAGGCUACAGUUCCCAUCUAUGCAACAGGAGUCCUGACCUGCUACAACCAGGAAGAAGAUCGUAAGCUGUUGAUUGCUUUCUUGGAGGACGUUAUGACCACUCUGUCUCUCUCUCACGCUCCUCUGGACAGUCUGAAGGCUUCGUUUGUGGAGCUGGGGGCCAACCCCGCGUACCAUGAGCUGCUGCUGACAGUUCUGUGGUUCGGGGUGGUCCACACCUCGGCUCUGGUCCGCUGCACAGCCGCUCGCAUGUUCGAGCUGUUGGUGAAAGGGGUGAAUGAAACUCUAGUAGCUCAGAGAGUCGUUCCAGCUCUUAUCACACUCUCCAGUGAUCCUGAAAUUUCUGUGAGGAUCUCCACGAUCCCAGCAUUCGGGACCAUUAUGGAGACUGUAACGCAGCGAGAGUUGCUGGAGCGGGUUAAGAUGCAGCUGGCCUCUUUUCUGGAGGACCCACAGUAUCAGGACCAGCACUCAUUACACAUGGAGAUUAUAAAAACGUUUGGGAGGGUGGGACCCAACGCCGAGCCCAGGUUCAGAGAUGAGUUUGUUCUUCCUCACCUACACAAGCUGGCCAUGGUCAACAACAUGCAGACAGUAGAGCAGAAGCGCAUGGAUGUGGCCAGCCAGCUGUUUGAAGCCUACAGCGCCCUGUCCUGCUGCUUUAUCUCUGAGGAGGUUAUGCUCAAUCAUUUUCUUCCUGGUCUGCGGUGCCUGAGAUCAGAUAUGGAGCAUCUUUCUCCAGAGCAUGAGGUUAUUCUGAGCUCCAUGGUUAAGGAGUGUGAGCUGAAGGUGGAGAGUCGUGCAAUGGGAGAGCCACCAGGGUCCAUGUCUAUCGCAGCCAGUUUGGUGGGUGAAGAUGCCAAGACCAAGUUCCUGAGCAAGAUGGGUCAGCUGACCACGUCAGGGGCCAUGCUGGCUAACGUCUUCCAGAGAAAGAAGUGAGUGUGAGGGUGGGUGUUUCCCAUGAUCCUCUGCUGCCUGGGGCCUGCUACUUGAAGUCAGACGGCUGCCUUUCCCCUCACCCGGCUUCUUUGGUAGUCUGUUUUAUAUCUUAUUUAUGUCAACGUUUUUUCCAACCUCCAAAGAAAUUUGCACUUUUUUUGUUGUUCUGAAAUUGUUUUAUUUACAUCACUACAGAUUUGCUUUGUCUUUUAGACAUGUCAAAUUUAUGAAGGAAAAAAACAAACUUUAAUAAUGAUUCCCUUCUUGUCUUGACCUCUUCGUGUUGCAGUGUCUCUGGAGAUGUUUUCUAUCAGUGUGUGUAAUAUUCGGGUUCUGGUUUUCUUUUGGAUAUGCGCAAACAGUAAAUAACUAAUACACUGAAGAACAUCAUCCCUGUAUCAUGUAUAUUGGAAAUCGGUGUCAUAAUAAAAAAGUGAUCAUCACA